CCUCCCCAGUCCUUUCCUGUAAGGAAGGGGGGUGUUGCUUUGGUGUCUCUCCUGCAAGGGCUGCCUCGCUGCCCCCUCCUGGGAUCUGGAUUUGCUAGAGCUUCUCAUUCAGACUGACAGAACUUGGCAGAAGACCAAAGGGUUCCUUCCGAUCUCUCAGAGGCUUCCUGAGAGCACAGAUGGAUGAGCGAGACACAGCUGGCCCUAGAGCAGGAGGAGGUCAUGCCAUCCAAACUGGGAGCAGUGGGGGAUUCUUGGAAAACUCUGUGCAGAAGAUCCUGGGUGAGGAGGACGCCCUCCGCUCAGAGGUGCAGAGCCAGCAGUUGAGGCAGUUCUGCUUCCAGGAGGCCAAAGGACCCCGAGAGGUUUGCAGCCGACUCUACCACCUUUGCCAUCAGUGGCUGAAGCCAGAAAGGCACACAAAAGCUGAGAUGUUGGACCUGGUGAUCUUGGAGCAGUUCCUGGCUGUCCUUCCACCGGAGAUGGAGAGCUGGGUGAGGGAAUGCGGAGCGGAGACCAGUUCCCAGGCGGUGUCGCUGGCCGAAGGUUUCCUCCUGAGUCAGGCAGAGGAGAGAAAGCAGGUGAGAGAGACGUUCCUCUGGAUACUCCCAAGGGGCUCCAAACAGGACAGAGAACAUCCCAUAAUGGUCUGUUGAUGGCCCAUCCUUUUUCUGGGAAGACAUCCAUGGAAUGAGAUCUAACACCCUUUAAGUCUUUGUCAUUCUUUUUCUAACAUUUCUCACCAUUCACUCUCUGUUUUGAAUCCUUGUUGCUCUUUCAGGAAAACGAUCAUUUUGCAGAAAAGGACCUGGAUUCCUGUGAGACAGAGAGGCCUCCAUUGGACACCAGAGAGAGGCCACUGGGUAAGGAGGAAGGUGGUUUUACUCCAUUUGGUCUC